UCUAAAGUCGCAGGAGCGGAGAGCCGGUUUCCCAGGCAACCACUGCCGGCAGUUGGUACACACUAGGCCUGGGGUUAGGGUGGACCUGUCUAGGACUGCCCCAGAAUCCAUCCUCUCUGGAUAAGAUAUAUUAUUAUGACCACUGGUUUUAGAAAAUGACUGAAAGUGAAAACUUAAACCAAGAAGAAAUAAUUAAAGAACUGUGUUUGUGCAAUGGGUUAUCUUAUGAGAUGGUUGGACAAGAAGGAUCAGAUGCUUCAAAACUGGAGAUGUUUUUUUCAGGAUAUCCCUGUAUAGUUGGGUUAUCAUUAUUUCCUAACUUAGCAAGUCUCACAAUUGUUGAUCAAGACAUAAAAGAAAUUUCAGGAUUAGAGACUUGUUUACAGCUUAAAGAACUUUGGAUUGCUGAGUGCUACAUUGAGAAAAUUGGAGGUCUUCAAGAAUGUAGGAAUUUGAAAAAACUAUAUUUAUAUUAUAAUAAAAUUUCCAAAAUUGAAAAUUUGGAGAAAUUAACCCGAUUGGAAGUUCUUUGGCUGAACCACAAUACUAUUAAAAAUAUUGAGGGCUUACAGACUUUGAAGAAUUUAAAUGAUCUCAACCUUGCAGGAAAUCUGAUAAGCAGCAUUGGUCGGUGUCUUGAUGCCAAUGAACAACUGGAAAGAUUAAACCUUUCUGGUAAUCAAAUAUGUUCUUUCAAGGACCUCACUAACCUAACCAGGCUACCUUCCUUGAAAGAUUUGUGUUUGAAUGAUCCUCAGUAUAAAAGCAAUCCGGUUUGUCAGCUGUGCAACUAUUCUACACACGUAUUAUACCACCUGCCUUGCCUUCAGAGAUUGGACACAUUUGAUGUGUCAGCAAAGCAAAUCAAGGAGCUAGCAGAUACCACAGUAAUGAAAAAAAUAAUGUAUUACAAUAUGUGUAUAAAAACUGUUCAGAGGCAUCUUAAUGAAGACCUUGAAAAAUUAAAUGAUAGAAAAUGCAAAUUACAAAAGUUGCCAGAAGAACAAAUAAAGUUACUCAGCUUUGUGGAAAAAAAUUUGGAACGGGAAUUGGCUGAACUCAAGAGAUCUGGCAAAGGGCACAGUGACAGAUCCAAUAACAAUAAAGUCACUGAGGUUGAAAAAUCGAAGAGUUGUGAAACUGUCAUAGAAGAACCAAAUCUUCAACAGAAGAUAAUGAUCAAACUAAAUGCCUUAAAUGAAAGGGUAACAUUCUGGAACAAAAAACUAGAUGAAAUUGAAGCAAUCUAUCAUAUUGAAGUAAAGCAAAAGAAAAAAAGCCACGGCUUACUGAUCUCAUUUUUGCUAAUUGAAUUGGAAAUGGUGGGAAAUAUCCAUUUUGAACAAGGGACUAGAUCUGAUGACUGGUAUAAUUCCUGUUAUGAAUUAAUUCUAUCACGCUUCUGUACAUGGGAUUUCCGAACAUUUGGUAUUACGGGAGUAAAAAUAAAACGUGUCAUUAAAGUUACCAAUCGUAUUCUGAGACUUAAAUUUGAAGAGAAAUUUCAUAAGUUUUUGGAUGAUGGAGAUAUGCAUGAUUCAGAGAGCUAUCGCAAGAUGCUGGAAUGCCUUUUUUAUGUUUUUGAUCCUGAAGUUACAGUGAAGAAAAAGCAUGUGCUACAGAUACUUGAAAAAGGAUUCAAAGAGAGUGAAACAAGCAAGCUGCCUCUCAAAAAGGAAGCCGUUAUCCUUGCUAACAGCUUAAGUAUGUGUGAAUGUCCCCGAAUUGAGUUUCUACAGCAAAAAUACAAGGAUGAGAAGAAAAGCUCUCUUAAUCCUGAGCUCUUCAGACAUGGCAUCCUCCUCCUUACAAAGGUUUUUCUUGGCCAGAGUAUUCAAGCUCGUGAACAGGAAUCCAUCAGUCAAGCCAACUAUCCCAUGGUUAAUUCCGUGUUCAUUCCUCAGAAAUAUUUACGAAAUUCUGUCACGGGACAAAGAAAUUGUGAUUGUGGCUUUCGGCAGUGCAAGUGGUUUGUCUUUGAUCAUGACCUUGUUUUGCCAGAGUACAUCGUUGAAUUUGAGUAUAUUACAGUGGUCAAGGCCCACUCUUUAUUUUCUACGUUCAAUAAUAUCAUCACAGAAGAGAGCAAAAACUAUUCAGAAGGAUCAAUAUUAUCCCAGGAUUUGAAAUUUGAUGAUGAUGUCAUGAAAAUGGAGCCGAGAAUUAAGCCCCGACCAAAACUUCUUAGUUUGGAUGAUGAAACAAUACUUUCCCUUGCCAAGACUAAUAUUUACACUCAUAUUGUGAGUCUCAAUCUACACGGCAACAGCUUGAGUAAACUGCGAGAUCUCUCCAAGUUAACCAGACUUCGGAAACUGAACAUCAGUUUUAAUGAAUUGACUUGUUUAGAUGACGUAUACCACUUGUAUAACCUUGAAUAUUUGGACGCAAGCCAUAACCACGUCAUCACCCUGGAAGGAUUCAGAGGUCUGCUGAAACUGAAGCACUUGGACUUGAGCUGGAAUCAGUUGAAAAAAUCUGGGGAUGAAAUCAAUGUGCUAUGCAAACACACCACAAGCCUCCUCACUCUCAAUAUUCAACACAACCCAUGGCAGAAGCCAGCCACAUUGAGGCUGAGUGUUAUUGGCAGAUUGAAGACUCUUACGCAUUUAGAUGGGCUCCUCAUUUCUGAAGAAGAAACAACAGCGGCCCUGAAAUUUAUUACUGGAACAAAGAUCACUCAGUCAUGUGUCUUACGGCACUCUAGCACUAAAGAGGAACGACCACGGAUACUAAGUAUAUGGCCUUCUGCCAAAAUUCUGACACAAAUUUCAAAGUUGGGACCACAUUUACAUCUGGGUGGAAACUGGUACUUGAAGAUAACUGCCUUAAAUUUAGAUGGACAACAUCUCUUCGAAAUAAAAAAUUUAGAAAAAUUGGAAAAUUUGAAAUGGGCAUCAUUCAGCAAUAAUAAUCUGACUAAAAUGGAGGGCCUGGAAUCCUGUAUUAACUUGCAAGAGCUCACACUCGACGGAAACUGCAUCUCAAAAAUAGAAGGCAUUUCCAAGCUGACUAAGCUAACCCGCCUCAGCAUAAAUAACAACCUUCUCGCUGGUUUGGAAAAGCCUACUUUUGAUAACAUGCUUCAUCUUCACUUCCUUUCUCUUGAGAAUAACAGAAUUACUUCACUGAGUGGUUUACAAAAGAUUUUCACUCUAAUUGAAUUAUACAUAAGCAAUAACUACAUUGCUGUCAAUCAGGAGAUCUACAAUUUAAAGGGUUUAUGCAACCUGGUAAUUCUAGACAUGCACGGGAACGUUGUGGUGUGCAAUGAAGAAAACUACCGGUUGUUUGUAAUAUAUCAUCUUCCAGAACUGAAAGCUUUGGAUGGAAUCUCAAUUAAAACACCAGAGACUGAGACUGCAAAAGAUUUGUUUGGUGGCAGACUUACCUCUGACAUGGUUGCAGAAAGACAAGGACAUUCCAACUUUGCCCAAAUGCAAGAACUUAACUGGACUUCAUCAUCCCUCAGAACGGUGGAUUUGAUUCCAGUUGACCAAUUUAGAAAUGUGUGUAGUGUGAAUCUACAGAACAAUAAUCUUACCUCUUUCAGUGGACUGAUCUAUCUGCCGAAUGUGAAAGUCUUGUGCCUCAAUUAUAAUCACAUUGAGUCAAUCGUGCCUAGACUGAAGCCUCAGGCCCACUUGACAAACAAGCAGAUGCUCUACCAGAAAGUGCCUUCAAGCGGCUAUGGGCAGCAGGGCCCGUCAAAACUGAACAGAGAUACAAUGAGCAGUGAAAAUUUGCCUCCAAUAAUGCACAGUUUAGAAGUUCUUCAUUUGGGCUACAAUGGAAUUUGUAAUUUAAUCCAUCUACAACUUAAUAGACUAAGAAAUUUAAAAUCCCUUUUUCUACAGGGGAAUGAAAUCAGUCAAGUUGAAGGGCUGGACAACCUGGUGGUCCUUCAGGAAUUGGUAGUAGACCAUAACCGCAUCAGAGCAUUUACUGACAGUGCUUUUGCCAAACCAAGUUCUCUAUUGGCACUGCACCUGGAGGAAAACAGAUUACGAGAACUGAGCAAAUUGCAGUCUUUGGUCAAACUAGAGAAACUCUUCCUAGGAUAUAAUAAAAUCCAGGAUAUGGCAGAACUGGAAAAACUUGAUGUUAUCUCUUCUCUCAGAGAGCUUACGGUUUAUGGCAAUCCAAUUUGCAGAAAAAUUCUUCAUCGCCAUGUGCUCAUAUUUCGACUGCCUAACUUACAGAUGUUAGAUGGAAUUCCUGUAAAUUCAGAUGAUAGGGUAAAAGCUGAAUUCCAUUUCUCUGAACUACAAGCAAAGAAAAAUUCGUUGAUUGCUGGUACUAGUUCUCCUAUGGAUGGUGGCUCAUUUUGCCCAGUGAAAGCACCUCCCAUUAAAAUAACAAACCUAAUUCUGCCUGCCGGAUUCAGCCAUUACUUGGGACCUGAUUUCACAUUAACUCCUGAAGUUGAAGACAAAAAAAACAGGAAUACAGGGAUUUUGUCAAAUAAUUCUCGAAGCAUUCAUGCAGAAAUCGCUUUUCGUCAACUAAGAGGAAUAAAUCUUUCUCCAACUGUUUCAUCGCAUCCGAAUGUCGCAUCUCCGACUGCCCAAAUGUACCCGAGCAACCAAGAGGAGGGAAGAAUGCCUGGAAGCAACUUUCCCAGAUCAAAUCAUAUACAGCUGCCUAAAAUAAAAAAAAGAAAAUGAGCACACACCAAAAAACUGUUUGUUUUAGUAGUUGGGCAAAAGCUAGCAGACAGUAGUCAGUAAAGAAAAAAAGAUAAUCACGUUACUUAUGCUAUUGAAAAACUUCCUUGUGAAGAUAACCUAUCAUACAUGAAGAAUUUAAUAUCAGCCUCUUUCAAAUUUUAUUUAUGGCUAUGUCAAUUAUGUGUUUGAAUUUCUGUAUUAAAAAAUCAUGAACUAUUAAAACAUACAACAAUUUGAAAGGUAUAGGUGAUGUCAAAGUCUAGAGAAUGAAAUGCUUCAUUCUAGUAUUAGAAGAAUUUAGUUAUAAAAUCACAUUAUGGCCUGUCAUAUGAAGAUAUUAAGAAAUAGUAAAUUUAAGAAAUAAGCAAGCUUUAAUUUGUAGGUCAUCUAUUUAUUUCAAACUAAAGCAUACAUUUCUUACCAAACAGUUAUUACUAAGGAACAUGUUUUGCUAUUUGAGUUGCUACAGAUUAAUUUUUAAAAAUAUAAUUCCAAAAAGCUAUACUCAAACCAAGUUUACACUCAAAAAUCAUUUAGAGAUACAAAUAUUGUACAUCAGUGCUAGUUUUAAAUGUACCUAUGGUGCAACCGAUCAUUCCUGCUCUAAGAAUAAAAAUUCAUAUUUCAUAUACAAAUUAUUAACUGUGCCUACAGUAAUAUAAUUCUACAAGAAGUUUCAGGCUGAAAAGAAUAGCUGUUCAAAUUGAGGGAACAGUUUGGACUUUUGAUAAUUACAUUUGACUGGAAAUAAUAUUUCUACAUUAUUACAUUGCCUAAAGUACGGUUUUAGAUUAGCUUGCUAAAUGUAGUUCUUUAAACUGAUGACUAACAUACCAAUAUAUUUUGUUAUUAAGUGGGCCCCAUAAUUCAGAAAGUGUUCCGUUCUAAAGUAUUGACUUAACACUGCAUCUAGUUUUCAUCUUUAUGUUCCUUGCAUAACAAUAAAUUGUUCUUAGGAGAAUAUUUAGACUUUACAAUUUACCUGGAAAGAGUUUCAGAGUUAUUUUAGAAGUGACAUAAUUCAACGUAUAUGUAAUAAUUUUGUUUUCUUCUUUAAAUGCUGUAUUUAUAGUUUAAUCAUAUUUAUAAUUUA